AUGGAGGAGUACAACACUGCCAUGAAGAAGAUGAUGAGGAACCCCUACGAGUACCACCAUGAUCUGGGUUUUACAUUUGGGAUAAACGUUGAAGAAAAUGAACAAAUACGGUACUAUAAUGGUCUACCUAAAGCAGUUGCAUCGCUCGAAUGGGCCGUCUCCAAGGGAAAAGGAAAAGUGUGUGUGCAUUGCACUGCUGGUUUGGGAAGGGCUCCGGCUGUUGCAGUUGCUUACAUAUACUGGUUCCUUGGAAUGAAUAAAUCGCACAAUGCCGGACCAUUUUACGGCCGUUUUAGUGUUCCGGACUUCCACUACACAGUCAGUCUUACUUCCAAGAGACCUUGCGGGCCAAGUAAGAUGGCGAUAAGCGGAGCUACCUACUAUCUGACCAAAAAAGAUCCAUGGAAAGAGCCCCUUGAGAAUCUUCCUGAGUAUGCAUUUGAGGACAUAGCAGAUUGGGAAAGGAACUUGAUUAGAGACCGCGUGUGUUCUCUCCGCGGAACUUGA